AUGAAUAUACCGCUACAAUUUCAUCCUGUUCAUGGUGAACAUAUUAAAUUAUCACGAAAUAAUACUGUAGCAAAACGUAUUGAUAGUUUCUGUAAAGGAAUCUGUUUCAGUAAUCGAGCAAUUCAAAUACGUGAAAAAGUUUAUGUUCGUCUUCUUAGUAAAAGUAUACAAUGGACAGGUUUUCUUCGUCUUGGUGUAACUACAUGUGAUCCUAAUGCUCAUCGAACAUCAACAGCAUUACCUCGUCAUGCAUGUCCAGAUUUGACUUGUCGACCUGGUUAUUGGGCUAAAUGUGUACCAGAAAAUUGUUUCGAUGUAUCAAAUAAAUUAACUUAUUUUUAUGUUGAUGAAAAUGGUGAACUAUUUCUUAAUACACCUACUGGAGAAAUUUCACUUCUUACCGGAAUUUUUGUUCAAGAACCACUUUGGGCUUUAUUAGAUAUUUAUGGUAAUUGUAUAAGUAUUGAACUUGUUGAUGAUCAUUUAAAACGUACUGUAUCACUUAAUGAUCAACUUCGUCAUAUAAAUACAACAGUAACAACAACAUUUUUUAAAGACAUUUCUAAUGAUCUUAGUCCAUUGACAUUUUUACCUGUACAUAGUUCAUCAAUAUCAUUUUUUUUAUCACCAUCAAAUACUUUACCUAAUCAAUCGAUAGUUUUAUAUGACAAUACAAAAACUUGUGAUGGUCUUGUAUUUUUUUCUGAACCAUUAACAAUUAAUUCAGGUUUAUUAAUUCAAAUAUUAAGUAUAACAUCAUUAAAUGAAUCUCGUAUACCAACAACAACAACAUCAGCAAUUUCAAAUUUAUUACCGUCGUAUAUACAAUUCGGUUUAACAAAUUGUAAUACACAAAAUUUAUUACGUACAAAUGAUUUACCACUUGAUAUUGAAAAAAUAAAUGAUCGUUCAGAAUUUUGGAUUUUACAAGAUUUUAAAUUAGGUAAUAAAACAACAAUUGAUCGUGGUGAUGAAUUUUUAUUUACAUUUAAUCAUGAUGGUAUUAUUGAAUAUUCACAUAAUAAUUCGAAAUUAAAAGAUUUUAUUCAUGUUGAUUCAAAUCUUAUUUAUUAUCCAUUUCUUGUAUUUAAAGGUGAUAUUGUAGCCGUACGUUCUUUAGGUUAUAUAAAAAAUCUUGAUAGAUAUUAUUCAUUACAACAAAUAAAUAAUACAAUGAAAACAAAUCAAGAAUUAACAUCAACAGAUAAUAAUAAUAUAAAAAAUGAAUAUGAUGUUAAAUUAAGUCAAGAUUGUACUAUAUGUUUGGAUCAUUUUCGAGAUACAGUACUUAUUCCUUGUGGACAUAUUUGUUUAUGUUAUUCAUGUGCUAAAGAAUUAAUUGAACAUGGAACAAAACAAUGUCCUAUAUGUCGAUCAUCAAUAAAACUUAUUAAUAAGAUUUAUUUAGCUUAA